GUCACAUCGUUUCUGUCAAAUCUCGAGUAAAUUUGUGAUGUGUUUAUAAAUAUGGAUAAUACCGAUUCAACAACAAUAGAGAAAAACCCGGCUCAGGACCCUAUUGCUUUAAGAAGGGAACUGCGCAGAAAAAAAAUAUUAGAAGCGUCAAAGUCAAGACUCGACAAGUUAAACGGCAGAACUUCAGCGCUGCAGAGCGAAAACCACGAUGACGAACCUAUUAAUCCCCAAUAUUCUGAUCCAGAGGUCGAGCCCGAUAUUCCAAUAAUUAAUCCAUUUUUUGCGGAACAGCCAGCUAAUCUUAAAAACAAUCCUCCAAAUGCAUUUGUGAAAAGCAGAAUUCAUAUUAUUUUGGCGGCUGGUAUUGGGUUCCUGUUAUCUCUCUACACAAAUAGCAGCGUUUUUUUGCCAGUUCUGCUUCUUGUGAUUUUGGAACUGGCAUUUCUGCAAUAUCAUAAACGUGACAAUUUACCGCCCAGUGUGGGACCCAUGUUACUUAUGUUUAUGAACCCAAACAUUACUAACAAGAUUAAGCAGUUUAGCAGCAUAUUUUUAAUCCUGCAAUCACUUUUGGGAGAUCUUGCUAUUACUGUUUGUGUUGUUUGCUCAGGAAACAUUUUGUUGUUAAACUUUAAUACCGACUUUGUUACUGUUGUAAAAUAAAUAAAAUAUUACUGCAGUCUGAGCAAUUGUUGAAGAAGA